AUGAUUAGGUCAAAUAAUAAUCCCUUGUCCGGUUACGUUAAGCUUCAACAAGAGGACUUUUUCGAUCAAGACGAUUACUUGUUCGAUACUGCUCGAUCCAUUUAUGAUCGUAAUACUGAUUUCAUAUUUACUAGACCACGUUACCAAAGGCGUGCUUUAUCUGAAACAAGACAACCUUUGAACAAGUCUUUUCCUCCAAACUCUGCAAUGGAAAACUCUCAAAGUAACGAGCUUGAAAGUAGAAGGAACAGUGAAGAAAUUCUCGACGAUAUUUCCAGUAGUCGUCGUAGCAGUGCUUGGUCUCAAUUUUCAAAAAAGUUGAAGUUUAAAGGGUCUGCUAAGGGGUUACAUAAUAAAGAACUAGAACUUUAUAAAUCUGUUUUCAGACAAAUUAAUUUAGAAAAUAUACAGCCUAGCUCUCAUCCGUUGACUGCAAAUCAUCAUCCACCUCUUACGCUUGAAUUAUUCAACGAAAUUGUUAAUUCUGUAAAAGCUGCUAUAUAUUCAGGUGUUCAACCAGCCAGAAUUAAACAGGGUUCAUCCGGUUCUUAUUUCUGUCGUAAUACAGAUGGAAAAAUUGUUGGUGUUUUCAAACCGAAAAACGAAGAACCCUAUGGUCGUCUUAAUCCUAAAUGGACUAAAUGGAUUCAUCGAAAUUUGUUUCCUUGCUUUUUUGGAAGAAGUUGUUUAAUUCCAAAUCUUGGUUACGUCUCAGAAGCUGCUGCUUCUCUUCUUGAUCGUCGUUUAAACUUGAAUAUCGUUCCUCUCACUGAGGUCGUUUGGUUAUCUUCUCCUUCAUUUCAUUAUGAUUAUUUGGAUCGUCGUGCUGCCCGUUCAACUAAAAAUCCAAAACCUUUACCCGAAAAAAUUGGUAGUUUUCAAGUGUACUUGGAAGGUUUCAAAGAUGCUAACAUCUUUUUGAGAGAGCAUCCAUGGCCAGAAAGUAAUGGUCCUGUGAAUGAUAUAACGGGCAAUGAACGGCAUAAUAAAUCUUUAAAUUCAUUUAUGUGUGGAAAAUCUAGUACGGUGGAUGAUGACAAUGAUCUAUAUGAGUCUUCUCCACUUGGUAAACGUUUUUCUUGGACUCCAGAAUUGCAACUUCAAUUCAGGGAACAAUUUGAAAAAUUAUAUUGUGAUAAAGAUGAAAAUGACUGUGCGAUAACUACCCCUCCAAAGUCAAAAGUUAUGAAGACACCAGAUGCUUUAUCAAACCAUUCUACACAUUCUUCAACGUCUUUAAAAAGUCCUGAUUCAAUAACAAUGUUACCUUCUGUUAAAUCAAGUAAGGAUGCUCAACAACUUUCUACAGAUGAGAUUCAGCAUCCUCUCUCGACAAAUUAUCUUGACUCUGAUCAAUCAGUAUUACCUUCUAAGUCAACAACAACUGAGCUUCCUCCAUCUGCAUCUUCUAUUUUGAAUAGUGUCGACAAUGUUAAUGCAAAUAUACCAUAUCCACACAUUCAUGUUGCAGCUAUCGAUAAUGGAUUAGCAUUCCCUUUUAAACAUCCUGAUCAAUGGAGAUCAUAUCCGUACGGCUGGCUGUCCCUCCCUGAUGCUCUGAUAGGGCAACCUUUCACUGCUAAUACAAGAAAUCAUUUUCUUCCAUUGCUUACAAAUCCAAAUUGGUGGAAAAAAACUGUAUCUGAAUUACGACGUUAUUUUCAUAGGGAUGUGGACUUUGAUAACGGUAUGUUUGCAAAACAGAUUGCAGUAUUGAAAGGUCAAGGGUGGAAUAUUGUAGAAACCCUUAUUCAGACUGAUAAAGGUAUUAAGGAUCUUUGUGCACGCCGUAAUGUCGUGGUUUGGGAUGAGUUGGAAGUUAUUGAGAUUCCUGAAGAUCCAAAUGACGGAGCUAAUAGAGAUCAUAGUGGAUCUAAUAGGAUUCCAUCACCAGUAGGUGAGGAAGAGGAAGUAGAUCUUCCUUCUUCGGGAGUUGAUGGUGUACCUAUAGCUCCAAGAAGAAGCUUAUCAGAAGAAGGUUCCUCCGAACGACUGUCUUCUUUAUCUACUAGUGCUCCUGCUUCUUCGUAUCACUCAAAUAUUUCUGCGAGCAAGCAGAAAUGGAGUGAAAGAAUUAAUCGCGUUAAAGAAAAAUUACAUCUCGAUAAUGUCGGUAAAAAAAAUAAGGCUUCAAUGGAGAGCAAAAAAACUAAACCAGUCCUUAUUGAAAGGUUGGAAAUCGUGAGCGGGAAUACUCCGUUUUUUACAUGGUGUUGA